CAUAUUUUGGGCAUGUCAUGAAAUCAAAAUUUGUAGCUCCAGUAGUUCAUCUAUUCCAUGAGGUGUCUUUACUCCCAGUGACCAGUAUUGCUCUAUACUAAAUGGCCAUCGACUGUGGAGUCUGGCGGUGAGAAAGGAGUGGCAGUGGAGAUCGGGUGACCGUGCUGAGCGUGGAACGUAAUGAAAAGUAACACUUGAGCUAUUUCCUAAUGAAGCUUCUGAAAUUGCCCUCAGAACUUCCAGGAGGCUAUCUGAAGUUGCUCUCCAAGUUUUGUUCUGGACUUCUUGGCAAACAUGCCCUGCCGGCAACAGAGGUCAAGAGCCGUGCUGCACUGGUGUUACAGAUGGAAAAGCACAUCAGCACGACCAUACCAGACUGCAAGUUGCAGUGUUUUGGCUCAACAAGCACUGGAUUAGGUCUUGGCAACUGUGACAUUGAUCUAUGCAUGACUUCAAAGAAGCUUCAAUCUGCCUCUGUGCCGGCUGGAAUGGCAAUCUCCAAAAUCUGCUCGGCACUCUACAAGUUCCCACAUAUGUACACUUCUCUGGAGCCGAUCCGUCAUGCCAAGGUUCCUCUGUGCAAGACACUGGUACUGCCAUCUCGACUGCAGGUGGAUAUCAGCUGCUACAAUGUCUUGGGUGUGCACAACAGCAACAUGAUCAGCAAGUACGCUGAGAUUGACAAGCGCUUCAGUGUGCUCUCCAUACUCAUCAAGGGCGUUGCAAAGAAGUGCAGCAUUGCCAAUGUGCGCGAAGGCAGCUUGUCAUCCUAUGCGUACAUCAUGAUGGUGAUCUACUUUCUUCAGCGCACCAGCCCGCCUGUGCUACCCUGUCUACAGGAGCUGUGGGAAAAGACAGACGAUCAGCCCGAGCCUCCAGUCAACAUCGAGAUGUCUUGGAACGUCUACUUCUUUGACGACAUCGAGAAUCUCAGUAAAGUGUGGGAUGGACAGGGCAAGAACAAGCAGAGCGUUGGCGAGCUUUGGCUGGAGUUUCUACGCUUCUAUUCAGAGUUUGAUUUCACAAAGUAUGCUGUAACUCCGAGAACGUCGGAAAUGGUGGAAGUCUCUUCCCUGAGCCAUAUCGGUGGUCGAAGCAAGUCUUUAGUUAUAGAAGAUCCGUUCAAUCUAUCGCACAAUCUUGGACGUCAGAUGACUGCUAGUGGCCUGCAGUUUGUCUUGAAGAUUUUCGAUCAUACUUACACUCACUUCAUUUCGCCCGUCUCAUUACCCAAUGAACAUCUCAAGCUUUAUUUAUUUGACCACGCUUACUUGACGGGGCGGUCAGUGCCCGUUAACGUGCCGAAAUUCUGCUACAAGUGUGGCGCGCAGGACGAGCACUUUGUCUGGGAGUGCGCAUCAACUGAUCCGGUCCUUCCCAACGACGUAGCACAGCUGAUGGCGGAGCUCUAUUUAUACGCCACGCAGAAGCUGCGCGUGGCUGCGCCCGUCUACAUGUUCCAGUGGAAAAUGGACAAUAAUGUCCGCUUGCACCGCUGUCAGGUUGUCAUCAAUGGCACCAGCAUUGUAUGCCCUGGGCAGUUCAAGACGUUGCAUGAGGCAUCCAAGGCAGCAGCUAGGUAUGCGCUGCAGAACCUGCAGUCGCCCAAGUCACAGUACGCCGCGACCCUCAGCACCAUGACCAUCCAAUGAGGAUGAGAGAGAGAGACAGACACACCCGCUAGGUUUAGACCGGCAGCACAGCAGUGCCGUGUUCUGCGGUCAACAUGGCAGCGCGGCGGCAGCAGCAGGCCCUAGUACUCCUCGUAUGUGCCGGUGAAUCAGCGUGGAUGAACUUUUUGAACUCCUUGUACAUAGGUACAUAGAACAUUACUGCAGGGCAUCUGCGCCUGUGGCUGUGUGCAAGCAGUUUGUGACUAAUUUGAUAGUGCAAACCCCAACUUUGCAGUUUUGCAAUUAUUUAAUAGUUUCUAAUGCUUGUGGUGCCCGUAGCAGAGAAGAUGGGUUGCAGUGUGA